GACGUGUCCGUGUUGUCUCCUAGCAGAGGGAGGAAACGGGGAAGAGGCCAAGCACUUCAUGUAAACAUAAAUGUGUGGGAGUGUGUGUAGUGAAAGAGGAGUGCUGAUUAGCCAGAUCUCAGAUUAGAGUGUCAGGGACGAUGGGGAACUGCCUGAAAUCCCCAACAUCGGACGACAUUUCCUUACUGCAUGAGUCUCAGUCAGACCGAGCCAGCACCGGGGAUGGAGCCGAGCCUGAGUUAGAGCCUCCUCCGCCCUAUGAGGAGCAGGCACACAUUCCCGUAUACCAUCCCACACCCAGCCAGACCUGUUUGGCCACCCAGCUGACGGAGGAGGAACAGAUCCGCAUCGCUCAGCGCAUCGGCCUCAUUCAGCACCUUCCCAGAGGAGUGUUUGACGGAGGCAAGGAUGGCUCUGAGAAAAAAAUACGCGAGUGUGUGAUUUGUAUGAUGGACUUUGUAUAUGGUGACCCCAUCCGGUUCCUGCCCUGCAUGCACAUCUACCACAUGGACUGCAUAGACGACUGGCUCAUGCGCUCUUUCACCUGUCCGUCCUGCAUGGAACCGGUCGAUGCCGCGCUCCUCUCCACUUACGAGACCAACUGACCGGCCGGAGCCAGACGCCGGAGCCAGACGCACGUCUGCGUGAGCUCUGGAGACGCACCCCUUUUCCCCCCUUUCAGCGAGAACAUCCAGCAAAAGAGCGUCCGAAAGCCUUCAUCGUUUUGGUGCUGUGACUAGAUAACUGGUUAGUAUAGAGGCCAGUCUUUGAAGAUAUUCAGCACACACACACACACACACACACACACACACACACACAUACAGGAUUUCUCGUUCUUCUUAAACCCGAACAAGGUUCCCUGUAAGGCACAGGGGUGUACAACGAUCUUGCAGAACAUGUGCUGCUUCUUCUCCUGGUUUUGUGUUAAUGAUUAUUAAGCAGAAAGGGCUGAGUAUACUCGGUGUACUGUACAAUAAUAUAUGCUACCAUUUCUAUAGAAAGCAAACACACAUGGUCUCCAGUGUCAGUACGUUUUCCACCCCUGGAAAGUCUUCACGAGAGAAGACCCCACUUUGCGGUUUCUCAGUAGAGCUGUGUUUUUUUUUUGUUUUUUUUUUUUUUCAUUUUUUUAGCAUUAGACCCUUUAAAGCACUGGGCUACUGAAAGGAAAGGUCGGGGUUCAAGCCUCGCUGUUUCCAAGCUGCCAGUCUUGGGGCCCUCGAGCAAGGCCCUUAACCCUCAGUGCUCUAGGUGGUGCUGUAUUAAGGCUGACUCUGCGCUCUGAACCCCUUCCUACAGUAAUUAUCACUGGGAUAUGCAAACCAUAAUAAAUUAUAUAUAACAGAUAUUAAAUAAUUCAAUUACAAUAAUUCAAUUAUUUAAAAAAAAUAAUAAUAAUAAUAAUUUUUUGGAAAAUUGCCUGUGGAAGAGUAUCAGCAAAUUUUGUCCACAUCUCCUCCAGAGAAUAUUUUUGAAAGAAAACCAUGUAAAUGUCUCCAAUGGAGCUUUUUUUCAGCAACUUCAGUUGCAUGCUUGUUGAACAUUUUGGUAAAUAAGGUGCAUUUUUUUUCUUUUUCCUGUAACACAUGAAUUUUUCCAUUUGAUUCACUUCUAGAGCUCGAGGGAGACGUCCGAGGAAACGGCCGUUUGAAGUACAUAUGACAAGUAUAAAGCACUUUUCUCUUUAAAAUGAAUGCUAAGGGAUGGAAUAAACAUUUCUUUAAAGGGGCGACGAUGUGGAUAUCCCGCAGCGUUAACUUGUAAACGGAUAGAACGUACGAUUUGGAUUUAAAAAAAGUAAUCGUCGAAAUAAAACACUUCCGAAUGUUCAGGUUUUGCAAGAUCGUCGUACACACCUGAAGUAACACUACAUGACAAAUCGGCGCCCCCUGGCUGUAACCGAGUGCAUUCGUCUUUGAAUUUUCUUUCCUGUGUCGUUUCAUCGCCACAGGAGCAGAAAACUAACAGUGAACUACGUAAAAAGGGCUCUUAGAGGGGGGUAAUUGUGGAGGAAAUGGGGGGGGGUAUUUUGGGUCGAGUCAAAUGACUACCAGUGUCGUUCUACUUUAGAAAUGCUUGCACAUACACAAAACCCCUUAGUAUAUAUUAAACCUAGAGAUUUUGCACUUUACACAAGAGAAUAAUGUAUUUAUGUAGGACUUUGCACCAGGUGCUUCGUCUUUCAAUAGUGCUGAGGAUUUUGUCCGAUGCAAGCAGCACGUCAUGGACGUCCAAAAGUCUGAGAGCACUUAUGUUUUUAAAAACGAGUUUCUUUUAUUGGAAACGAUAUUAUACACAACAGCGUGUGAAAUAUCGUUUUGAUUUUUGGUUAAUUCGGUAGAUUUGUUUGACAACGUAAACUCGAAAUUGGACCUUUUCUACAAAGCGAUUUGUUCAAUCUGCUUAAAUACACAACGGAUUGAACUUUUUUUUUUUUUUUUUGGAAAUAUAAUAUUCAUAAUUCUGUUUUUUAUGUGCCGUCUCAGACUUUUGGAUCUGCAUUGUAUUUAUUUCUCUUUUUUUUUUUUCUUUUUUUUUUUUACACAUUUGUGUUACUCAGAUUUAUUUCACAAAUCUAACAACGUCUUUAUUUAGUUGUUGGGAUACAAACUGAUGCUGUUCUCCAUGGUGGUUUAAACCAUGGUCAAUAAAAAAAUUCGGACUAUUAAACGUAA